UCAUCACCCACCUGUUUCUUUUCUUAUGUUAGAAUAGGUUAAUGAGCAAUAAAUAUUGAACUAAGUACUAACCAAUCACUUCUAUAUAUAAGGCGAAAUUCCCAACACGUAUCAGAAACAUAGUGGCUAUCCCACUUUGGGUGUAGAUUCCAGCAAUGGCGGUAGUGCAUGGCAACUGGGUCAAGAGCGCAAGUCCUUGCAAUAGUCAUAUUUAGAGAAAAUGAUUUUCUCACAUCCAUGGUGAACAAAAUUCCGGAAGAAAUUGCUCUCAAGGGUUGGAGAGAAGUUGAAAUGAAAAAUUGGGGGUUCAGGAUUCCUCUGUGCUUUAACUAUGAUUAUAGGUGAUUGAGGCUUGCUAUUAGGAUGAAGAUUUCAUGCCAAAGUUAAGUUUUCAAUGAAAAGUACUUGAAUCAUACCUGGACUUCCGAUCCAAAUAACGGUGUGUUUGGACUGAUGUUAAAUUUACUCGCCCGUAGAUCAAUUUUAAUACUAUAAACAGUGAUUUUAAUGCUACAAUUUAACGUGAUUUUAGUAGAUUUGUAAAGAUACACUAAUUCUCAAAUAAAUCUCACAACAAUAAUCUCAAAUACUUUAUUCUAGAUCAUUAGAACCACACCGAACACAUUAUCCUCUGUCAAAGACCAACUUGAUCAACAUUUACAAAUUUUAAGAAUCAGAACAAAAUUUUGUCAAAAUUCAUAAUAUCUGUCAACAAAAUUUUGAUAAAUCAAUUUCGAGGUUUAGUCUAUGUUUAAAUCAAUUUAUCUCAGAAAAAAAACUACUCUUUUUUCCGUUUUUAAAAAAUUAAAAAUAUAUUUUUUAGAUUUAAACCUAAUUAAACAGAAACUUUUGAAUCUUACAUCAGCUUGAUCAAGGAGGAACAGGGCUGGGAGCGAGAAGUUCACAUGCCAUAGCCAUAGUAGGACAGAAGCUGUAUGCAUUUGGAGGCGAAUUCGUGCCACGUGUUCCAGUUGAUAACAAGCUCCACGUGUUCGACCUAGAGGCUCUGACAUGGUCGGUGGCAGAUGCAUCAGGGGAUACACCGCCGCCACGUGUCGGUGUUACAAUGGCUGUAGUAGGAGAAACCAUCUAUGUAUUUGGUGGAAGGGAUGCUGAACAUCAAGAGCUGAAUGAGCUCUACUCUUUUGAUACAGUCACUAAUAAAUGGGCCUUGAUCUCAAGUGAGGGUAUUGGGCCUCCUCACCGGAGCUACCACUCCAUGAUCGCCGAUGACCGACAUGUGUAUGUAUUUGGUGGCUGUGGGGUUGCUGGAAGGCUCAAUGAUUUGUGGGCCUAUGAUGUUGUUGAGGGCAAGUGGGUUGAGUUUCCUUCUCCUGGUGAAAAUUGCAAGGGGAGAGGUGGGCCGGGCCUGGCAGUGGCCCAAGGAAAAAUAUGGGUUGUGUAUGGUUUCUCUGGGGAGGAAAUGGAUGAUGUUCAUCGUUUUGAUCUGGCCCAAAAGACAUGGGUCCAGGUUGAAACAAGUGGACAGAAACCUACGGCACGUAGUGUGUUUUGCACUCUUAGUAAUGGGAAACACAUAGUUGUGUAUGGUGGGGAAAUUGAUCCUAGUGACCAAGGUCACUUGGGUGCUGGUCAAUUUUCAGGUGAGGUUUAUGCAUUAGACACAGAGACACUAACAUGGAAAAGGUUAGAAGAUGAUCAGGUGGACUCAGGUCGCCAUCCCGGGGCCCGUGGGUGGUGUGCUUUCGCCGGAGCUUCCCAUGAUGGCCGUGAGGGAUUGCUGGUGUAUGGUGGCAACUCUCCUAGUAAUGACAGGCUUGAUGACAUUUUCUUCCUUGCUCUUUCUAAGAGUUAAUUGGUGAAUAAUUAGCCAUUGUUAUGAUAUAUGUAUUAUAUAGUUGUGUAAUGUGCUGUAAACUAUAUAUGAUCUGCACAAGAGAACAAUGGCUUAAAAACUUGGGUAUCUUUGAUGGUUAAUGUAUGUGGUUUGUGAAUGUAGUUGUGUGCUGGGUUAAAUUAGCAAGUGGGUGAUCAAUUCUCAAAUGGAUGAUUUGAUGGCUCAAUU